AUUAUAUUGUAUGCAAUUGAUGUGAAGUCGCUGAGCGCGCAGCGCUUUCGGCAGUUGCCCCAAGGACUCAAACUUGGCACUGUUUCAUCUAUAGCAGUGACCAUAACUGCAAUAAUGCAUUGAUACCUCCUCAUUGUAGCUGCAUGGCCAGACGGAGCGCUAAGAGGGGCCCGAUGGUCGAGGCGAGCAGUGGAGCUCGCAAACUGCGCCCACGCGUUGCUGCGCUGCUGUGCGUCGUGGGGGUUUUGGCGUGUCUCAUCCAAUGCGGACACAGCUACGUAGCGGAGCCGGUGGCUCUGGUGCUGCCUGUGGAGUCCCGCAGCCAGUUGGCGGUGCAGGAGGAGGGGCUGGAGCUGCUGAGGAGCAUACAGGGGCCCGUGGCGCCGGUGGUGGUGAUCGGGCCCUACCGCAGCGGCAAGUCCUUCACGCUCAACCAGCUGCUAGGCGUGCCCUGCGACAAGGGCUUCGGUGUGGGCCACACGCGCGAGACGGAGACCAAGGGCAUAUGGCUGUGGGGCACGCCGCAGCCCCGCAAGCAGCAGCAGCAGCAGCAGGAGGCGGGAGGGGAGGUCGCGGCGGCAGGGGAAGGCGCGGCGGCAACAGCGGCGGCGGCAGGAGCUGGAGGCGAUAGCAUGAUCGUGUAUGUGGACACGGAGGGCUUUGAGAGCACGGGCAAGUCCAACUCCUACGACGACCGCAUCUUCGCGCUGUCGGCGCUGCUGAGCUCGCUGCUGGUGUACAACCUGCCCGAGACCAUCCGCGAGAGCGACGUGGCCAAGCUCAGCUUCGCGGUGGAGCUGGCGCAGGGCUUCUACGAGCACGACCUGGGCAGCAAGGACGGCGGCUCCGGCGCCGGCGCCGGCUCCGGGACGGAUGGCGGUGACGGCGACGGCGACGGCGACGGCGGUGGCGGUGGCUCCUCUGUGGAGCCGGGCUCCAUGCUGUGGCUCAUACAGCGCGACUUCCUGCAGGGCCAGUCUGCGGACCAGCUGGUGCAGGCAGUGCUGCGGCCGGUGCCCAACCCGCAGCAUGACGCCGGGCUGGAGGCACUCAACCAGGUGCGCUCCUCUCUAUCGGCGCUGGCCCGCAACAGCACCGGCUUCAGCCUGCGGCAGCCGCACCUGGACCGCACGCGGCUGUGCGAGCUGGCGGACGCCGACCUGGACCCCGGGUACGUGCAGCAGCGGGAGCGCCUCAAGGCCACUGUGCAGGCGCUGGCCCGGCCCAAGGUUGUGAACGGCCGCUGGCUGAGUGGGGCCGAGCUGGCGGGCCUGGUGUCCAAAAUGGUGGCGGCGCUGAACGAGCAGGAGAUCCCCACGGGCGCCUCGCUGCUGGCCGCCUUCAACCGGGACGUGCUGGCCCGCUGCGCCGCCAACUACACCGCCGCGCUGGCCGCCCUGCCGCUGCCCGUGGACGACGACCAGCUGGGGGCGGUGGAGCGGGCGGCGCGGGCGGGCGCGCUGGAGAUGCUCAAGUCGCUCCAGAUCGGGCGGCAGCGGGCCGCCGACACGCGCGCGGAGCUUGUGAAGGAGCUGGACAGGGCACUGCAGGUGCGGCGCACGGAGAAUCAGGCGGCCUCCAACACGCAGUGCUCCGAGCUGGAGAACAACUGCGAGAGCCUGCUGGACGAGAUGCAGGGCAUGCGGCUGCCGUCGCUGCACAAGUUCGAGGCCGCGCACCGGCGCUGUGCCGCCGCCUUCGCGGCGCGCUGCCGCGGCCCCGCCAAGCAGCAGCAGGCGGAGCGGCUGGACAAGGCGUGGGCGCGCGCGAGCAAGGCGUUCGGCAAGGACUACAAUGACAGGCUGUUCACUGGCCUAGUGGUGGCCUCUCUGGCGGCGGCGUGUGUGUUCCGCUUCCUGUUGCGGGUGCAGCUGCUGGAGGGCGCGUCGUGGGCGGCCUUCCUGUUCCUGGAGAUAUACCCCAAGGUUCACCCCGGCAGCAGCAUGUACGACACCAAGGGCUGGGCGCUGACCGUGCGGCUGUGGGAGCUGGUGGUGAUGGUGCUGUUCGGGUUCACGGGGGCAGGGUUCGUGUGGGUAGGCCUGGGCGUGGCGGCGCUGGUGGCGCGCGCGGCGUACUCGUUACGGAGGAGGCGGCGAGGAGGGGGCGGAGGCGGGGGCGGGAGCUGGAGUGCAGGGGGGUCCGGGGAGGGGGGGCGGGGCGGAGGGGGCGGGGGUAGCAGCGGCGGGUCGUGGUGGGGGUCAAGCACGCGGCGGAAACAAACAAGCAUGCGGGACCUAGAUGUGUAGUUUGAGAAACUCAAGACAUCAUACGUUGGGAGGGCACUGCGCAUGCGGGGGACGGCCGUGAGAGUCCACAUGAGCUGUGUUGAGCGUCUGAUUGGGUGUGUCGCGACGUUGAGGUGAUUGAGUGUUUGCGUGCGAGGAUGAAGGGGCGAGCGCCCUGCGCCGUCGGCAAAACACCUGACGUGCGACCGUGAUGACAUGCGUAAGGUUUCUGUCCUGCAGGUUGCAGGCCUGUGGGCGAGUACACACACAUCCCUGCGCUGCUGUGCGCACACGACGGGCAAUCUGUAGAUAGCACCGAAUAGUCGAUGCUCGGGACCUGAUGUGUACAACUCGAUCGGGCGCUUCGGCAUGAACGCAUUAGUUCCGCAACACUCGUCAAUAACGCUUUCCUGCCCCUUGCCAUGUUCCAUCACUCGUCAAUAACGCGUUGCAGUGGAUGGCCGGAUGCACACACGCGUGUGCACGGGCUAGGGAGCUGAUCGCGUGUCGAGCAUCGUAAUCGAGCGCGAGUGGCGAGCUGGCAAACACUGCACUGCUGAAUCUUCGUGACUGCUGCAGCCGACAGUCCUGGCAUACCAUGGCUCUUUCACAUGCCGUGAGUUCACCCAGGCGGUUGUCACCCAACGCGCACACAGCAUGCAAUUGUGCGCCGCGCGGCUACUUGGUGCAUCUCUCGCAUACAGCACUAUGCCAACUGUCGAUAGGGCACGCGUUUCGAGACUCUCGA